AUUCCCUUACAGAUGUCAUCCUGUGCGUGGACAGCAGGGAAUUCUCCUGUCACCGAGUGGUCCUUGCUGCAGCAAGCAAUUAUUUCAGUGGCAGCAGAAAGUGGACCAUGGAGCAGAGCAAUGAAUGAAAAGCUUCUAAUGAGCUGAGACGAGUGAAGGGAAAAUAAGAGUUUUGGCUGAACAUCUUUUCUGACAAGUAACUUCUCUGCCCAAGUUUCCUGCUCAAAAGUUAGGUCUCUUUAUCCAAAAGGCAGUUUUAUACACUGAGAUAACUAACACCAGCUCUCUCAUGCUUUAAAAUCUCUGCUGAGGCAAGGAACAGGUAGCUCUUAGAGCAACGAGCAACUGGUAUCUUCCAUCCAUUUGCCAUUCAUCAUGCCUAGCUCCUUUGCAAUAAAAACUGUUUACAUCUUGGUUCCAGUAAGAUGUGUCAAUCAGACAGCUUUAUUCUGGCACUGCUUUUACAAGAAAAGACUUUAAGACUUUGGACCUCUAGGCACUUCCCAGGUUGCACUGUCCUGUCAACAUCAUACAUGACUAAUAAAGAAGGGCUUGGUAUGCAGGGUAAAGAGCACUUCUAAUUACACUUUAGAUCUGCACAUGUUUUUCACCAAUGCAGUUACAAGUGGACUCACAUACUUCUAAUGUGUUGAGCCAGAUUCCAAAUGAUGUGAAAUCUUGCUCUCUGAAUGCAGUGAACAAGAUGGGGCUGAUCAAACUUCUAAAGAAAAGCAAAAGCACUGGAAGAAAUACUUAAAACUAUGAAUUGAAAAUGAAGAUGAAGAUGUGUGUGUUUGCCUUGCAAACAUCACUUGCAUCACAAUGCAAAGUGAAUUUUAAUAGCUCUUAAAGAAAUUUCUGAUUUAUAUCUCACAUUAAGUAUCUGACUAGUGCCAAAGGUGUGUGUGUGGCAGUCGCCUCUUGAAUGCAGUAUUAUCCACCAAAGAAGAGGUGGUAUCAACAUACAUGAAAUCACUGUGCUUUCUGGCUAACGGUAGUUCCAAUUCAUGAUUAUUCAAGUACUUCUCUAGCCAAGAGGUACCAACUCUACAAUCCUACCAGAAGCUCCUACCUUAGCAGAGGAAAAGUCAGUCUCUUAAUUAGAAGAAAAUCCAUAAGCCAUUCUCUCCUGGCCCAUCUCUGGUAUUAAUGGGGUCAAAGAUACGUUGGGAAGCUUAGAGGUGAGGCUAUCAAUCAGACAUGUCGAUCUAGUCUGGCCCUCAGGGUUCAGUCUAAGCAGCAUUCUGCAGCUUGGAAGCACAGGGGUAUUGACCUUGCCAAGGGUUAUAAAGUACAUGUGCUAAGUGUUAACAAAGUACGGAGAAUGCCAGCGGCUUGGAGGUUUGGGCUUAAUGAGCUGGGCCUGUACUAGAAACAGAAAGGGUAAGAAUCUGUAAGAGGCCAGCAGAUGAGAUGUCACAACUGCUCUGCAGCAUCAGUCCAGACACAGAUCACUACUCAUGGAAGGUCCCAGCUGCCUUUUGCCGCCAUGGAGCUCCAGGUCUACUGUAGAGUCCAGCCCUGGGGUAUCCAUCAUGUGUGUAUGCCUUAUCAAACUCAUGAGUAAAGAGGGCCAUGUUCUGCAAUGAUUUAAGAGAGAAAUAUGAAGAGAAGAUCAUACUUAAAGGAGUUGAUGCAGAAACAAUGAAUAUACUCUUGGACUACACCUACACCAGCAAGAUGCUCAUCACAAAGCAAAACGUACAGAAAGUCUUAGAAGCCGCCAGCCUCUUUCAGUUCCUUCGCAUGGUAGAUGCUUGUGCCAGUUUUCUCACCGAAGCCCUCCAGCCAGAGAACUGCGUUGGCAUUCUGAGGCUGGCUGAUGCCCACUCCCUGCACAGCUUGAAACAACAAGUGCAGAAUUACAUUAUCCAGAACUUCACACAGGUCCUGAACUACGAGGAGUUCCUGGAGCUGCCUGCCGACAUUCUCUGCAGCACGCUGAAGAGUGAUGAUCUCUACGUCACGGAAGAAGCACAGGUGUUCGAAACUGUAAUGAACUGGGUCCGUUACAAGGAGUCGGAAAGGUUUCCUCUCUUGCCAUAUGUGCUGGAGAAUGUCCGGCUGCCCCUCUUGGACCCCUGGUAUUUCGUAGAGACUGUCGAAGCCGAUCAACUCAUUAGACAGUGUCCAGAUGUCUUUCCUUUGCUCCAGGAAGCAAGAAUGUACCAUCUGUCAGGCAAUGAGAUUAUUACAGAAAGAACCAAGCCCAGGAUGCACGAGUUCCAGUCUGAGGUGUUUAUGAUCAUAGGGGGCUGUACAAAAGAUGAGAAGUUUGUAGCAGAAGUGACUUGCCUGGAUCCUUUGAGGCGGAGCCGCCUGGAAGUAGCAAAAUUACCAAUCACAGAGCAGGAGACAGAGAAUGAGAAUAAAAAAUGGGUGGAGUUUGCAUGCAUUACGCUAAAAAAUGAAGUCUACAUAUCAGGUGGCAAAGAAACAAAGCAUGAAGUCUGGAAAUACAACGCCUCCAUCAACAAAUGGAUACAAAUUGAGUAUCUAAAUAUUGGGCGAUGGAGGCAUAAAAUGGCUGUGUUGGGUGGCAAAGUAUAUGUCAUUGGUGGGUUCGAUGGCAUGCAGAGAAUCAACAGCAUGGAAGCAUAUGAUCCCUUUCAUAACUGCUGGUCAGAGGCUGCUCCCCUCAUGGUCAAUGUGAGCUCCUUUGCAGCAGCGAGCUACAAGAAGAAACUCUACGUGAUUGGGGGAGGACCCAACGGGAAGCUGGCGACGGACAAGACUCAGUGCUAUGACCCUGCCACCAACACAUGGAGUCUGAAAGCUGCCAUGCCAGUAGAAGCCAAAUGCAUCAAUGCCGCAAGUUUCCGUGAUCACAUUUAUGUUGUGGGUGGGGCAAUGAAAGCACUCUACUCCUACAGCCCCCAGGAAGACACAUGGUGCCUGGUGACUCAGUUCACCCAUGAGAGAGCCAGUUGUGGGAUUUCUCCUUGCAACAACAAGCUGUUUAUCACCGGGGGCCGAGAUGAAAAGAAUGAAGUCAUUGCGACAGUGCUGUGCUGGGACCCUGAAACUCAGAAGCUAACAGAAGAGUGUGUCCUGCCUCGGGGAGUGUCUCAUCACGGGAGCGUUACCCUCAGGAAGUCUUACACGCACAUCCGUAGGAUUGUGCCUGGGGCAGUUUCUGUCUGACCCUAGGAGAACUGCAAAGAAACCCAAUACCUCCGUGCCCCUGUGGCACAGACUGCAAGGAUGAUGUUUUUUAGCUGCAGGUAGCAAUGGAUGGAAAUACUGCCACUGGGGUCCUCUGGGGAGUGUCUGUAUAUAUGCUCAGUCCUUGCAUUUCCUCUGUACAGUACAUCCUUAAAUUAUCUUAAUUCCUUCCCUCCACAGAAAAACAAAGGGACCAGCUGUAGCUCACUCCUGCCAACACAAUACCUCCAAAUGGGCAAAGAAACAUGAUGUGUACGUGGGAAAUUUACUUCCCAGCUAUAUCUGCCCUGAAAUGUGCUUGAACUGGCUCAGCCUGGUCCUGAAGUUUGUUUAACUAUUUAUUGUGUUAAGUUGGAUUUGCAGCACCUACUACUGAAAAAGAGAAGAUGCUUUUUGGAAUGAAAUAUUUGUAACUUCAGUGAAACAUAAGGUCGUUUCCUCCAAAGCUGUGCUUUUUUUCCAGCGAUUGGCAUAUUAGAUUAAGUUAAAACUGGUUUGUUUGCUUGCUUGAAGACACUUCAUUAGUUUUUCAGUUCUGCGUGACCAAAAAAAAUCCAUCUCAGUUUGCAAACCUUGCUGUCAUUCCCAAGAAAGAGACUGCACAGGCUGCAAAUACACAUGAACGCUAAUCUGGUUCCACUGAACAUUCGUUGUAGCUGUUUUCUAAUAAAGAUGACCAAAACCUA